AUGGAAUUGAGCUGCGUGCCAUUCCAACGUGAGCUCAAUGAACUUGGUCGUCGUUCAUCUACCAUCUCUGACAUUAUUCUUGUUACUUCUUAUUUUCCCCGUGAACUUUAUCCAACAAUAUGGAAACUUAAUUGCCGUUUGAUCAAUUGUUGUUUUAUUUUUUUACUGCAGGCAGCUGCGCGUGCCCACUUCAAUUGUUCCACACUGGAGGGUAUGGAACUAGAAAACCAAGGCGGAUCUGGCACGUCAAGUGCACACUUCGAGAAACGAAUAGUACAAGUGAGUUUGUUGCGGAAUGAUGAACUUGGAGGUGCAAGUUGCUGGUACGACGUGGACCUCACCCAGGCCGACAACUGGCAGUGGGGUAAAGGACUUGGAUGUGAUUUUGUGACCAAAAGCUGCUACGAGUAUGGUUUGUCGAAACAUGAACCAUCAACCUACCCUUGGUGCAAAACUCCCCAGGGGUUGGAAUUUCAUUGUCUUUCCUACGACAACGCCUACGGCAGCUGUGAUCUGAUAAGAUACGGACAAAUAUUACCUUCGGAAUACCGGUAUUUUACUAGCCUACCCGGUGUGGCAAGUUCUGAUUUAUCAUACUAUGGUAGUUCGAAUUUCUUGGCUGACUAUUGUCCAUCAAUCCAGGUGAGCUUCAGCUGUGUGUUUAUGAGUUCCCUGAGUGUUUCAAAGUCUCAGUCUUUAUCAGCAUCACCAUGCACUUUCGUGCUGUGA